AUGACCGAAGACGAGAAAACGAAAUCGAAACAGCAUUUUCAUCAAAACUUUGGUAUACCCGGAGUCAUUGGUUGCGUAGACGGGACGCAUAUUAAAAUAACCAAGCCGCAUAAAGAUUCCAGCCUAUUUUACAACAGAAAAGGUUAUUUUAGCAUCAAUGCAAUGAUUAUAUGUGAUUACAAUAUGGUAAUCAGAGCAGUUGACGCUCGUCGUCCUGGUUCAAGUCAUGAUGCUUUGAUAUGGAGUGUCAGCAGAGCUCAUGAUUACUUCAAACGCAAUUACGAUAACGGUGAACGCGGCUUGUGGCUUUUAGGUGAUGCUGGACAUUAUAAAGUGCAGGAGUUAGUUGAGGCAGGCCCUAUGGACGAGGAUAAUGAACCUGUUGUUGAAGGAAUAAUAAACGAAGCUACUCUUGAUGGCGAGGCUAUAAUGAUAAGGGAGGAUAUCGCGACGCGCCUAUUCUCGAAUUCAUGA